AUGAACGGUCAAGAACUCUGCAUUCUUGGUUGGAGGUACCAGUUCGGCAUCGACACUGAAAAUGAUUUGGAAAAAGCAUUCAAAUGCUACAAGCAGGCCGCAGAUUUGGGAGACGGAGAUGGGAUGUUUCAGGUGGCAGAGUUCUACCAUUUAGAAAUUAAAGUUAAAAUUCGUCAAUGGAAAAAUUCCGUUGAAAUCCUGAAAAAAUUUGAAGAAGCUGACGAACAUAUACCUCA